AUGGACUUGUCUCAAAACUACCUUUCUGGAGAGGUUUCGACCCAACUUGGAUCAUUGCGGCCUCUAGAAGUUUUGGAAUUGUCAUCGAACAACAUCAUGGGUCCGGUCCCUGGCUUUAUAGGAAGGUUGAGUAUCUUGACUAACCUAUACCUUCUAAACAAUAAGAUCUCCGGGUUCAUCCCUCGAGAAGUAGGAAUGCUCAAAUCUUUCAAAUAUAUGUUUCUACAAAACAACCGCAUCACUGGUUGCAUUCCUUCUUCCAUUGGAAACAUGAGCAGCUUGAUGACGUUACAGCUUUCCAAUAACAAUCUUAUCGGGUCCAUUCCAGUAGAAAUAGGGAUGUUGGAGUCUCUUAGGGAGCUUGAUUUAUCAGACAAUUACCUCAGUGGAUCUAUCACCACAACUCUUGGAAACUUGAGUACUUUAGCCUUUCUUCACUUCUAUGGAGACCAACUCUCUGGCCACAUACCUGAAGAAGUUGGAGGAAUGAGAUCCCUCCUACAUUUUGAGCUGCCAGAAAAUAAUCUCACAGGAUCUAUCCCGGAAACAAUAAGGAGGUUGGGCAACUUGACCGUCUUGUUCCUCACUUGA